GCAGUUUUCAUUGAGAAUCGAUCAGUAAACGCUCGUAACUAGCAACAUGAAGAUUCCUUUUGUUUUUGCAUUUUUAGUGGUUCUCCACAUUUCUUUCGUGUGUGAUGCAAGACAAAGUUUUUUUGACUGGAUUAGUUUCAGUCCCGAUGGGCCAGCAAAAGUAGCUGAAAAUGUCAGAGUUGUUUUCACGCCCGAUAAGAACACGGUUGUCUUUCUUCCUUUGAAAGACCUCCAGUUCUUGCCAACUCAUCCCAGAUUCAACAAACAAUUACCGACCGUAAUUUAUGUCCAUGGUUGGAUGGAAAGUGGAACUUUAGAUGUGUCAACUCUUGCUAUUCGAGGAGCUUACAAUGACCGUGGAGGUCACAAUGUUGUUUGUCUUGAUUGGAGUCAUUAUUCGAAGAAUGUUAAUUAUCGAACUGAAGUCAUUCCACAAAUGAAAGUUAUUGCUGAAACAAUGGCAGAAGAACUUCGAGACAUGUUCAACGAAGGAUAUCCCAUUUCAUUAUUUCAUCUUGUGGGUCAUUCUCUUGGAGGGCAAAUGGUUGGUAAAAUUUCAAGGCAUUUGAAGAAAAUUACUGAUGGAACUAUGGAAGUGCCAAGAGUUUAUUCUCUUGACCCAGCGGGGCCAGGCUUUGAAAAUCAUAAUAUUGAUGGGUUCGAGCCAAUUAGCAAAACAGACGCAAAGUACGUUCAGAUCAUCCACACAUGCGGUGGUGUCGCAGGAAUGAUACAUCGAGUUGGUCACAUCGAUUUCUUCCCUAAUGGAGGCACUCAUCAUCCAGGAUGUGCUGUCGAUGCUGGUUCGGGCGUUUUUGGUCCCGUUGAAUACGCUUGCGACCAUUAUCGAUCAUGGCAUUUCUAUCAAGCUUCUGUUAGAGAUGAAAAGGUUUUCCCAGCGAUAAGAUGCAUUUCUUACGAUGAUUUCCUUUACAACGGAACUUGUUAUGCAAACGACAUUGUUUACAUGGGCUUUGGUGCUGAUAUAACCGCAACUGGUAAAUAUUAUCUUCAAACAAGAGGAAAUCUCUUCAAUCUUUCAGCGGGCAUGGAUGGAAUAAGACCAUUAAAAUAUGGUGUCACCAGAUUGAAUGUUCCAUAUAAUAAUUACAUGCCUAUGUCUGUUCCUGACGAAAUAACAGAAGGAGAAAUGUUUUAAAUGAAUUUACAUGUUGUUUGAAAUUCAACAAUAAAGUUUCAUGUUCAGCUAUGAAAAUAUGAAAUCAGGAAUCCUUUUGUUACUUAUUUUGACUGGUAGAAGUUUUGUGGUUUUUAUUUAUGUAUCAGACAAUUUAUUUGCUUCCUUUUUGACUUGAGAAUUUCGGAACUAUUCAAAACUGCAGUUGAUGACAUAAUUUAUGUGGAUAUGUUGAUGGUUCUUUUGUUAACUU